AUGUAUCGAAUGGUACAAGUCCAACCCAACGACUGUCAGUUACAACGCAUCUUCUGGAGAAACACUCCGAACGAGUUCAUUCGUGUUUUUGAGCUACAAACCGUUACUUAUGGGACAGCAUCUGCUCCCUAUCUCGUAACGAAGUGUUUGCGACGAUUGGCGGAACUUGAUGGAGAUAGGUUCCCGGAGGCGGCAAAGGUGUUGGCAGAAGAUUUUUAUGUCGACGACAUGAUGUCUGGCGUUGACAGCAUCGAUGAAGGUGUUCAACUGUGUACUGAUAUUCAAACGCUUCUCAGCGGAGGUGGAUCCACGCUUCGAAAGUGGAGCUCAAACUGUGCUGCCGACGACUGUAAAGAUGAUCGUACAUCAUUCGAGUUAGACGACUCCAGUGCUACAAUAAAGACACUAGGACUUGUAUGGGAGCCUAGGGUAGACAGCUUCAAAUUCAAGGUUCCUACCUGGAAUCACUCUGAAAUUUGUAAACGAACUGUUCUAUCAGAUUUGGCCCGACUAUUCGACCCGCUUUUACUAGUCAGCCCAGUAGUCACCACAGCAAAAAUAUUCGUCCAAUCCCUCUGGAGACAGAAGGCAUCUUGGGACGAUGCUCUUGCUGAAGACUUGCAAAAGCAAUGGAGCAACUUUCGGAGAAGUCUGGAUAGCUUAGUGAAUCUGCAAGUUCCACGUUGGGUCGCUUUCAGCAAGGAUUGUCUGUCAUUGCAAUUGCACGGGUUUUGUGAUGCAUCUAUUAAGGCCUACGGAGCAUGUAUUUACCUGUGCUGCAAGCAUUUUGACGAAAGUGUCACGUCCCACUUGCUAGUGGCAAAAUCAAGGGUUGCACCGCUUGAAGACUUAAAGAAAUGGAAAAGGAAACAGUCGAUUCCGCGAUUAGAACUGUCGUCCGCACUAUUACUCGCUCAUCUUUAUGAAAAGGUGGUUACCAGUCUGAAAAUAACUGCUCGACCAUACUGCUGGACCGACUCUAUGAUAGUCCGAUAUUGGUUGUCAUCGAGUCCAUCACGGUGGCAGCAAUUCAUUGCGAACAGAGUAUCGGAAAUACAACAUGCUACUAGAGGUGGCGUGUGGAGUCAUGUACCAGGCACAGAAAACCCAGCAGAUGUACUAUCUCGUGGCAUUACUGCAGAUCAGCUGAACGAAGAUCCCCUAUGGUGGAAUGGAGCACCGUGGAUGCGAGGAAACGAAGACAGUUGGCCAGAAAAUGUUCACCUAACCGUGGCAGGUGUCGACCCAACUGUGCUGGAAGAAAAUUCGGCUGUGUCCGUGGUAGUCAAUAUGUCUCCGCCGAACGAAAUCUUCAGCCUCAGAUCAUCGCUGACAAGUCUAGUGAGAAUCACUGCAUGGCUUCUCAGAUGGAAGCACAACGCGCAACAGAGGACUCACAACAAUCGAAGGUCUGGGAUUCUAACCUAUGCAGAACGAGAAUCAGCUCUACUUCAUCUUGUGAGACUCGCUCAACGAGAGUGUUUCGAACAGGAACUACUGGAUUUGCAACGAAAGGGCCAAGUCAAAUCGACGUCUCGCAUUAACACUUUUCAUCCGAUAAUGCUGGAUGGUAUAGUUCGCAGAAAGCAUCCGAUAGUGUUGGAUAAAAAUCAUCCGUUCACGUCACUAGUAAUGCUUCAUUAUCACUACAAAUUGUUACAUGCCGGUCAGCAACUGCUCAUUGGCAGCGUUCGUGACCGAUUUUGGCCGGCAGACAAUACACCGUUGUGUAACCUGCUUUCGCAACAAACCGACGGUUCACGAACAACUGAUGGCAGACCUGCCUUUUGA